AUGAGGCCUGAGAACCAGAGCAGCGUGUCCCAGUUCCUCCUCCUGGGGCUCCCCAUCCGUCCAGAGCAGCAGGGCGUGUUCUUCGCCCUGUUCCUGGGCAUGUACCUGACCACGGUGCUGGGGAACCUGCUCAUCGUCCUGCUCAUCAGGCUGGACUCUCGCCUCCACACCCCCAUGUACUUCUUCCUCAGCCACUUGGCCUUAACUGACCUCUUUACUUCAUUUGACACAGUUCCUAAGAUGCUGAUAAACAUGUGCUCUGAAGACCAAUUUAUCUCCUAUGCUGGGUGCAUCUCGCAAAUGUAUUUCUUCAUGCAUUUUAGUUGUAUUGACAGCUUUCUUCUCACAGUGAUGGCCUAUGACAGGUAUGUGGCCAUCUGUCACCCUCUCCACUACACCACCAUCAUGAGGGAUGAGCUCUGUAUCAUUCUAGUGGCUGUGUCCUGGUUUCUCUCUGGUGCCCAUUCUUUGUUGCACACCCUCCUGGUGGACCAGUUGUCCUUCUCUGCAGGGACUAUCAUCCCCCACUUCUUUUGUGAUCUUGCUGCUAUGCUCAAGUCCUCCUGCUCAGACACUUCCCUCAAUGAGCUGCUUAUAUGCACUGAGGGAGGACUGACUAUCAUCCUGCAAUUGACUGCUAUUUUGGGCUCCUAUAUACGCAUGGCAGUCACCAUCUUGAGGGCCCCCUCCAUCAAGAGAAUCUCCAAGGCCUUGUCUACAUGUGGUUCCCACCUCUCUGUAGUGUUUUUAUAUUAUGGGACAAUUGCAAGUGUUUACAUGUUCUCCUCACCAGGAAAGUCCAAAGACAAGGACAUCAUUGCUUCUGUGAUGUAUGUUGUGGUCACCCCCAUGCUGAACCCUUUCAUCUACAGCUUGAGGAAUAAGGAUAUGAAACAUGCUCUUCAGAAACUUAUUGGGGCCAAGGACACCCCACGAUGUCAUUUCUUCAGUCCUGCUGUCUUAGGCAGUCAUAGAGACCAUCCAAGAAUUCUCAAUUAA